GUCUAAUCGAAUUUGGCUUAAAGUUCGCAGCAAAUAAUCAGGCGAGAGUAGGAGCCAGGGAAAUUCGCUGGGAAACAACCAGUGGAUGCGGUAAAGCGUCGAAAUUCCAACGAAAUAUGUGUGAUUGCACCAUCGUUACUUUUUUUCUGUGCUCGAGUGUUAAGCCCGGCAAGUGAACCAGUUUUGCCUUUGCGGUUUUUAUCACCCCGGAUUCCAGACUCCGGACUUCUGGAGGUAUGCAAUGAAUUUCGCCUGCAGUGGCUGGUGCUCCAUUUAAAGGAUAUUCCAUGCCGAUGCCGGGCUCCUGCCGGAAUAAAUAGCAUCGAGGAGCGACACUGGAAAACGGUUACGGAAUGGAUGCGCGCCGGCAGAAACGACUUGGCCCAGCGCCAAUUGCAUCCUUCGAAAAGUCAUUCGAGGACAAUGCCACGACAAAUGCACCGCAGCAGGAGCAACAGCAUCAGCAUCAGCAUCCUGGCCAUGCGGCGAUGAUGGAGCAAAGUGUGCGAAACCAGACAACGAUGUCGGCGACGACGAAUCGCAAUAGAACCGCCGGCGGCAUAGAAGCACCCAGCAUAGCCGCAUCCACAUCCGCAAGUGCAAGUGCAGCCACCUCCGCAUCCGCAUCUGCAGCAUCCGCAUCCGCAUCCGCAGCACCUGCAGCAUCCGCAUCCACCUCCUCUUCCUCGUCAUCAUCGGUUUCAUCGGCCACUUGCUCGGCCACGAUUGUCCAGGCAAAACAGCGACCUCCGCCGCUGAAAACGGCGACGACAACGGUGACCACCACUUUGGUGAGCAGCAGCGAGGGCGGUCAGCCCAUACCACCCACCGCCCAUCCAGGUGGCGGCCCGGGGGGCAGUGGUGCGGGCGCGGGCGCUGGGGGUGGUACUUAUCGCGGUGCCACCCUGACCACGCCCUCAACGCCCCGCAUCGAGCUGAGUCGCGCCUCCAGUUCGUCGCAUCACGAGGAGGACAGCCGGGAAAGCAGUCCGGAAAAUGUAUUCGAGCAGGUCGGCACUGGCACCCUACAGGAAACGAUUGGCCUUGGCUUUCGGGAGGAUGGCGCCCUCGAGCUGCGCAGCUCCACCGAGGAGCUGUACUUCAUGGAUGCCGAGCAGAAGAAGGAGGAGCAGGAGCGGAUCCAGCAGCAGCAGCAGCAGGCCAAGCGCUCGUCGCCGCACAUCUUCAAGUUCGACGACCACCAGAGCUACCUGCAGCAGCACCAGCGCAAGGAUUCGGCCAGCUCGGAGGUGGCCGCCCUGCUCUGCAUCUCGGGUCGCACCAGCCGCAUCUCCAGCGUGGGCAGCCAGGGAUCGGCGGUGAGUCGCCUCUCGGCGAUAUCGGGUGUCUCGCGCUCGCCCUCGCCGCAUCGCAUGCUGCUGGAGACCUCCUUCUGUGGCCCCAAACCCGUCGAGCUUGGUGCCGGUACUACCGGUGUUGUCAGUGGUGGCGGUGGUGGUGCCAGUGGUGCCUCCACGGCAGCCAGUUCCGCCCACAGUCAGUCGGCGGCGGAGGGAAUGCCGGGUGCCGGAACAGUGGCGGCAAAUGCUGCACUAUUGGAGCAACUCCUCUUGGCCCGAAAACAUGAUCCCACCCAGGCGGUUCUCGCCGAGGGCAUCAAGGUCCUGCCCCCGGCUCCAACGGCAGCCACUUCAAGUCGCAGUCGGAGCAGGCAAACAGCCAGUUCGAUGGCCAACGGCGAAAGGAUGGCAGAGAAGGAGCCCAAGACGAAGCCCACAAUUGGCGCCCAACGCAGGAGCACCAAGAGUCCGGGUCAAAUGGUCGUGGGCAAGACGGCCAGCGGCACGGAAUACAUAAGGAUUAAUCUGCGGCCGGAUCACAUGUACAGUGACAAGGGCAUCGCCUCCAAUGAGCGGGUGGUGGAGGCACCCAAUCAACUGGCACCGGUUUACUCCAAGCCCGCCUCGCUGAGUUUGCAGGGUGGACCCAUCGAGGAGCAUCGCCUGACCCCCACGGCGAGUCCCAAGCCAGGCCGACGACUGACCAGUCGCUCACCCUCGCCCGCAACUGGCGGAGGAGCCGGAGGAGGAACAGUCUCCCGCAAGAGCUCCUUCAGCUCGCUCUUCCGUCUGGGCAAGGACUCACCGGAUUCGCCCAGGGAAACGGCUCGUUCGCGUAGCAAAAGCAAAGAGCGACCCGCCACCGCUUCGGGUGGAUUGGGCGGAGAACGUGGUGGCGGCGGAGGAGGAGGAGGAGGCGGUGGCUCCCAGAAUGUGACUCCCAGCAAGCAAAAGUCCGUGCUGGCCAUCUUCAAGCCAGGAAAGAGGGGUAGCCAGAGCAGCAAGAGCUCAUCGCCGAUAGAGUCCAGUGUGGAGCCAGUGCCACCGCCACCACCACCAGCACCCGGAUCGGGAUCUGGAUCGGCCAAUCGCAGUCGCACCCCUGCCGGAUCUCGGCCAGGAAGUCGCCUGCGCUACUACGAUGAGCCCGUGGAGGGGGUCAUCCAUAUACCGCUGCACACGCCGCCCGAGGAGCGGGAGGCACGGACCCUGCUGCAGGGCAUCCAACAGCUGACCCAUGCGGCCCAGGCCAGCAUGGAUCCAUCGCCGCUGCCCACCCACCGAGCUCCACCGCCCGCCUCCGCCCAACCGGUGGUGGCCUCCAGUACCCAAAUUACGACCACCCAAUUGGCGGCCGCAGCGGCUGCACUGCGUCCGGUGGCCCAGAGGAGGGUGGCCCAACGACCCGAUCUGGAUGCCAUACAAUCGCUGCCCAGCCAGGAGGAUCCGCCCGGGAUGGGUGCCUCGGGGGAGGAGCAGGCGCUACAGCCGGCGGAGCAGGCCAACUGGAGCCUGGAGGUGCAGCGGCACAGUUCGCAGGACUCGCAGGAGACGACGGCCGAGUCGGUGGGCUCGGUGGUCAGUGCCCGGGCCGCCAAUCUCGCCCAGCAGCGGGAGCAGGCGGCGGCGGCGGCGGCCAUGCAGCGAUUGCCCUCGGUGGAGAGCACCCAGAGUGCCUGCGAGCCGAGACUGGUGCACACGGUGGCCACCGUGAAUCCAGCUCCCAAUCCGGAUGCGGAGGCGGCGGCCAAGGAGCGAAGGCGCCUGCUGUUCGCCACUCGCCUGGGCUCCGGCAGCCAGGAGCAGCUCUUCUCCACCCAGUUCAGUAUUUCGAAGACCGAGAGCCAGUCCAGCCAGCUGUCGGAGCAGGUGGAGCACUCUGGGUCCGAGACAACGACAGAGGGAUUGCAGCGCCAGGGAACCGUGAUCCGGAGAGUGGAGGCGACCUCCUCCUCCUCCACCGGACCUCCGCCGCCGCCACCGCGGGGCGUUUACAGUUCGGAGGAGGAGCAGGGCGGCAGCGGCGGAGGAGGAGGAGCCGGUGCGGUGGUGAUGCGCUCCAAGCACAAAUCGCGGCCCAGUUCGGAGGACGAGGCUGCUCCGGCGACGGCGGCUCCAGCGGAUUUGCGCCACUCCCGCUACCUGGAGAACUUCGAUGUGCGCCGCAAGCUGCACGAGAAUCUCACGGAGGCGGAGUUGGGUCGGAUGGCAGAGUUGCCAGGUGGUCAGGUGCCCAUACCCAGGAAGCCCAAGCGACAGAGUGUUGCGGAGUCAAGACGUGAAACCACUAGCUACAGUUCUGGCACUGCCACGCCCACCACUCCCACACCCACCGCAGUGGGUAGUGUGGCUCCAGCUAGGCAGCCACCGAGCUCAGUGACCACUCCCACAAACUCAGGAGUUCCAGUGACCACGCCACCCGCCGCCGCUGCCGCUGCUCAAGCUUCCACUUCCUUUGCGGCUUCGCCGGGCACCACCUUCUAUGAGCCACCCAGCACUUCCUACAGGGAUCCUCACGGCACUGGCCAUAGGGAACCACCAAGCACUUCCUUCAGGGAUCAAGUCAUCACUUGUCGUCACGAUCCCCUGACCUCCAGCACUCCGGAUCCCAUGGCAAUGACGUCCCCGCCAUCGGAACGUCGUCACUCGCAGUCGACGGAUGAGCAUGAGCCCGUCGAGUCCUCGGAGAGCGAACGGGACUCGGACAUGGCCGGUAGCUCCUCGGUGACCACGGCCGUACCGGCGGGCGGCGAGGCGGGCGGUCGGCGGCACCACAACUUUCCGCGCAACGUGUGUGUCAUCGAGGAGCACGAGAGCACGGGUCUGGUGUCCCAGGAGUCCUUCGAGGAUGAGCUGCCCUACAUACCCACCACGCUGCCCGAGGAGCGGGCCCAGGGUGUGCCCAUCAUCCCCAUGCGAGAGCGGGCCAACAUGGAGCUCAAGACAUGUCCGGUGGACAGGCCGAGAUCCACCACGCCGUUGAAUCCCUCACAUCUCGAGGAGUAUUGCACGGGGAUAAUGACGCCGCAGGAGGUGACACCCGGUGGUGGUCAUCAGGAGAUCGAUGGGGGAGGCGGAGCAGGAGGAGGAGGAGGAGGAGUCACCGCGGGUGGAGGAGGAGUCACCACCGGCACUGCCGGAGCAGGGGCUCCAGUGCGUGGUGAGAAGCUGAGGAUCAGCUUACCCCGCAAGGAGUCCCUCGGCAAGGAGCGCAUCCAGAACACCAAGUCGCCGCGUCGCGUGUCCAACACCAGUGGCAAGACCUGGUUCGAGUUCGCCGAGGAGGGUCUGCGGGCCAACAACAAUCUGGAGCGCAAGGACUCCGCCAAGCAGCUGUUCCCGGUGGUCACACCACCAGCACCAGCACCAGCAGCACCACCACCACUGGCUGCUCCCUCGCAUCUGGAGGAGCCGAAGCCGAAGGCGUCGACCCAGCGCAAGCUCUCCGGCCAUUGGAUUGACUUUGAGAACAUACCCGAGAAGCGGAAGCCUGCCAAGCGGAUCACCACCUUGCCCAAGGAGACGCUGACGAGCAGUGUGGCCGCCACGGCCACCACCAGUUCCUCCUCCGCCUGCGGCAGUGGCCACCAUCGAUCCGGCACUGGAGCCGGCACUGGCCACCACCAUCACCACCAGCAUCAUCAGCAGCCAGCGAAAUCGCAUCAGGAUGGGGGCGACAAGUUGCACUACAACUAUGUGAAGCCGGAGGAUUGCCAGUGCGAGUGCCACGAGGCGGAGCGCGGCGAAUCCUCGACAGCAACGGCCGGCGGCGGAGAUACCAGCACGGAGACGGGCACUGGAACGGGCACGGGCACGGGCAGUGAGUCCCUGGCCUCCGUGGAGCUACUGCAGCAGGGUGAGGACAUGUUGCCACUGCUCGAACCCGACACCUCGGCCGAGGGCAGGAUUUACGGGGACGAGGAGCAGGCGCCUCUGGUCCGUCACAGUGGCAAGGGCCUGUCCAAUCCCAGGGUGACCCAACACGAUGAGUUCCCACGCCGGGAUGAUGGUUCAAGUCCUCGUAAUCGCAGGUUCCCCGACCGAAAGUAAACGUCUUCUCUUCUUUGGUUCUUUGGUUCGAACUGGAACGGUUCUUCAUAGAUCUUCAGGGUAGCUAAGCCGGUAAUCUAUCUCUAUGUAAGUCGAGUCACUAAACUAAGGGCCAGCCUUUUGCUCCUGGCCUAUAUCCUUAAUGUACCUCAAGCAGAGUGGUUGUUAUACGUGCAGAAGCCGAGGGACACUGAUCGCUAGACAAUGAUGCGUAUUACCUUUCGACUCGAUUAGCUAAAAACCAAAUAAAACUCUAAAUGGAAUAUACUUAAAGAAAAAAAAAAAAACAAGAUAAUAUGCAUACGAUACUCGGUACUACAAUACAUACAUAUACAUAUACAUAUAUAGCUCAUGAAUGUACAUGGUUAGGGUAAUUUUUUUGAUAGCAACAAUUACAACACUCACUCUACAUAUAUAGCAAUCCUGACGGACCGAAGGGUCCAUUUCCCUAGAAACUUUUCGCUGGCAAUUUUUACUAUAUGUGAUCUCAGACAAAGUGUUAUACAUGCAUACGAGGCAUUCGGAUUCUCUAGCUGUAAGUCGGUGUAUUUGUGUGUAGUUUGUUAACUAGCUCAGACAAAUCCGGAAUUCCGAAUCCCUAGAGUCCAGAAACCAGAAUCCAGAAUACCUAGGCUUAGUCACUAAUCUCUUCUAUAACGGUGUCUGUGUCCGUUUCUAUGCGUGCGUCUGUGUGUGUGUGUUUUGGAGAUCCAUAUCUCUCUGUAGCACCAUCCUCCCGAUUUCGACCCAUAUCCCUAGAAGUCUCACGAUGAGACACAUUAAACGAUCUAUGAACGAGUUGUAAUCGUUUUCAGUUGGUCAAAAUACAAAAAAUAAACACAAAAAGUAGCCUGAUUCAUAUAUAGCCUUUAGUUGAGUUCGAAGCGUUAGUUAGUUAGUCAGCCCCGAUUUUGCCGGGUGUGUUGUAAAUACAUAAGUCUAAACUAGAUUACAGUAUUCGAUACAAAAGGGAUUUUGAUGUUGACAUGUUUUUUUUUGCGGUCCAAAGAAAUUCCGCCAAAAGUUUGUGAACUUUUAAAUGCUUAUAUUAUAUACGGGAAUAUAAUUAUAAAGCCAACAAACUGCCAGCACACACACACUUGCCAUAUGAGAAGUUCCUCCUUUGUUUUUGUUUCGGGGGUAACCGGUUUGGUGACCCCGUUCGGUUUAUGCGCCCCAAACAUCACGGUACGAAUACGAUCUAUGAGCUAGCUUCAAAGGAACAGUCCGGGUAACCGAAAGAUAUUUCCUUUUACUCACUCUCAUGCGGAAUCGAACGAAAUGCAAAAAACACCCUCUAGCUAGCCUUUGAAAUUCCUAAAUACUUUAUUGAACUUAGCGGACAACGGACAUUCAUUAAAUUGAAGCAAAAUCAAGCAAAUAAAAUUUAAAUUAAUAUUAAUGCAUCUUAAGGAAAUCUUAUAGGUAAAUUAUACAAUACAUAAACAACAUUGAAAAUGUGCGAGGCGAGGUCAGGAUAAAUGGGAGCUUGAAUCAGAGAACUGUACGAGUUUAUCGAAAGAAUUUCAUAGCCCCCAAAUAGUCCCCAUAAGGUAUUACGUAACGAAAACCUUUUUUGUAUUUUUUUUUUGGUAGCAGAAGUGGUGAAGCACAAAAUGCACUCGAGACAUAUAUACGAUAUAUAGGCGUAAUGACGAAUUCAAGCAAGAUCUUAACAAAUUGUACAAUAAUUUCCACAAUACAUUUAUGUGAGGAUAAUAUAUAUAUUCAUAUAUACAAAUCUAUAUGUAUAUGCAUUUACACAUAGGUUGCGUUCCAGUUUCCGAAUCUUGUUCUCUAUACUUUUUAAAAUCGUUUUCGAAUAAACUUUUUUUGUAUAACUUAGACAAACCACGAAAAAUUGUUGUUAAAAAAUGCAUUUACAUUACAAAAAGAUAAGCGAGUUGAGCGUUUUAAUAAGCAAAAGGAAAAUGAAAAAUUGUUACCACAAAUUUAUGCAUUCAUACGAAAAGGAAAAAAAACCAGAUGGUUUAAGCAAAAGGAAAUAAAUUAUAAAAUAUAUAUAUGUAUGCACUUUCAUUAUUUAACGAUUUCAUAUAGGCGAAAAUGAUGAUUAUGAUGAGGAGCGCAGGCAGAACAUUAAUUGAAAACUAUUCAUUAAAG